AUGGCUCUCGUAGUGGGCGCCGACGCGGGCCGGCCACUUCUGACGCCAUUUAUCAAACUCAUUGCACACGCAGUGUUGUUGUGUGCGUGGUUCUGCCUACAACCCCUGGGGACGAAAGGGCGCGCAGGGCCUGCGUGCAAGUUGUACGAAUUUUCAUGUGACAACGGGAAGUGCGUCGGUCUGAACCGCUACUGCGAUGGCACCGACGACUGCGGAGAUGGGAGUGAUGAACCCGUGGCCUGCUCAAACUGCAACCGCACCUACUACGGCCAGCAUGGCGCCAAGUAUGCACUGCGCAUGAGCGAACCCUUUCAACGUCACCUGUCCUUCGUGUGUCGGAUGGAGUUCAUCGCCGCCGGUGGGGAGAUGGGAGACCUGGUGGAGAUUUCCUUCCUGUCCUUCCAAGUAGGCUUCUACCACCGUGCCAGCAACUCCACUCCGAGCUGCCUGCAAGGCCACAUGCAAGUCUCCGAAGAGCUCGAGAUGAACGCGCUGGCGGUGACGAUGCAGCCGUACAGUCUGCAGGCCCUGCUGCUCACGAAGGAGCACCCUCACCACCGUAGUCACCACAACACCAUUGCACGGCUAGCUUCGCCCGACCGAGGAUCUUCUCCUCAAGCCCCGCAUGUUAACAUCAACCCACCAGAGUUCGGUGGGUUUUGUGGGAGCCUCGUAGGUCGAAGUGCCGCCUUUUACAGCUCGCGUCGAAACGUCAGUCUGACUGUAACCUUUCCCGUCACGUCUACCAUCAAUAUGGCGACAGCAGGAGUGUUCCUGACUUAUCGCUUCCUGAAGAGUGCCGAAUCCCGCCGUGACGGUGUAUACUACGGAGAUAAAGUACUCGGAAGCUACUGCGACCGCGUGCUGACGAACUGCCACGAACGAAACUGUCGAGUUCGUUCACCAAAUUAUCCGGGCUUCUACUUGAGGAACGUCACCUGCACUUACCACGUCCACCAGACAUACUCGCCUCCAGGAAAAGUUGCACAGAUUGUGUUCCACCAGAAGAACGAGUACAAAAUUAGCAUUCACAGUGGUCUAGCCAAUGCUGGCGGUAUCCUAGCCCUGACGACGGAGUGUGCCGGAGACGUGGUGCAGAUAUCAGACGGUGCUCCCGAAAGUGAACGCGAUGCUCUGGUGCUACUUCAGUUCUGUGGAUCUGGUCAGCUUCCGGAAGUCAUCUCCUCGGGACCAGACGCGACUGUGCGACUCAUCAGCGUCCCUUUCCAGCAGCUGCUUGACUCUCGCGUCGAAAUGGAUGUGUCGGUGCGAUUCAUCGAUCCUACGGAGCUUCGAUUAGUUGGAAGGUCCUGCAAAUUUGUCGUCGACAGCUCCGAAAGUCGUUCUGGAUCCAUCUACACGCCUAGACAGACUCUUCCAGACAACACAGUAUGCACGUUCGAGUUCCGGGGCCGCUCACGCUUUGACCGCGUUUGGCUCUACUUCACCAGUUACUUCGUACCAGACAGACAACCGUGGUCCAGUGUCGAAAAAUGUGACGUAAGUCAAUUGGAAGUCUACGAUUCCCCAGUGUUUGAUACGGACUUCGUGCCACCACCAGUGCUGCAAAAGAGCUUCCAGAAUGGGGGACAUACGGGAGAAAAAAACGCCAGCGAUCACAGCGCUAUGGCAGGUUUCGUGGGACGCUUCUGCGAGAAGUCCAUCCCCCGCAUAUGCAGUCACGCAAACGACUAUCCAGGCCUUGUGCCACCGCGUCCAUGCCACUUAGAGACUGAAAGCUACUUGUCUAGCAGCCCAAGAAUGGCUCUCUUGUAUAGAGUUUUUGGCAAUGGCGAUGUGACAUCAAAGACGAGCUCCUUUGUUGCCCGCUACGAGUUCGUGGACACAUCACAGAACGGUGCCCCCGUUAACAACAGUCACUGCGACCGCGUGUUCCGGAGCAAAACAAAAUCACGUGGUCGCGUAGCCUCACCAAGGAACACAUUUUUCUACGGUCGAGGGGGCCGACGGGACCUCGUGUGCACGUAUCGCUUCCAAGGCACUUCUUCUCAACGUGUACGCCUGCGGUUUGACAAAGUUUUCUUCGCUUCGGAAGGUUGCUCCACGGCGUACGAUUCCACUCAGCUGCGCUACACUUGUAAAUAUGGUGGUCGCCACUUUGUGGCUGCCUUUGGGCCAAGUGCCGGCAAACAACGGCAUGCUGAACUCAGGAUCACAGAAUCAUGGUUGGCCAUUUCCAUACCAGCCGGCUGCAUAUGCAGCAACUCCACUUUUUUGCCAUCUCCUUUAGAUGUCACAUCGGUGGGCAGUGAACUGCUCCUUAGCUUCGUCGUUAGUGGAAUGACUGUUGAUGAAGAUUUCACAAACUUUGGAUUCGAAGCGAGUUACGAGUUCUUGCCCCCAAGUGACUGCGGCGGAGACACGGGGCUUCUCCGAGGAAUUGUUGGAGAAGCAUCACUGGCGCUCACGGCCACCCGCGAUGACAACAGUCUCGGAAGUCCGGGCAUGGGUGCAUAUCGCUCCGGCGUAUUUAAACGAUGCCGCUGGCUUCUUGAAGCCUCCCCCGAAAAAUUCCUCUAUCUCAACGUGAUCGGGGGAAAGCGUCAGUCACGAAACUGCGGCGACAGCCGCCUGCUCGUGCAUUCUGGUGAAGAUUUCACGCACACUACGAUCAUUUGUGCAUACUCUAGCAGUGACGACGCAAUGCAGGAAAGCAUGCCCGCGGUCGACAUUUUCUCGCCUUCCUGGUCCAACGGCUCUAACGUGGUGUCUUCGCCGUCGUCCACAAGGCCAGAACGCCUGCUUCUCGAAACCCUCUGCACGGGAAGUUCCACUCCGUUCAGGGUCAGGUGGAUGGAGGUCACCCGGCCUUUCUUCAAAUCUAACACCGGACAGUCUCUUCGAAACGUGGAUUGUCUCUACGAAUGUCCCGAACUGGAUGCCUGCAUCAGCCCGGAACUUUGGUGCGACGGAGAAACGCACUGCCCAUCCGGUUACGACGAGGUGCCAGAGAAUUGUUCUAGGUUUCCCACGCUUCCUGUAACGCUUGGUUGCGUCGGUGCUGUCGCCAUAUUUAUUCUCGCAUUUGCGACGCUAACAUUGAUGAGGCGUUCUUGCCAGUUCCGCAAAUGUAAAGCCGAUGGCACAGCAUCAGCCACUCGGCCAGUGGGAUCCGAGGAAAUGCCCAUGGACAGCAUAUGACAGGAAGCUCCAGAGAAAGUGGAACCUCAACAAAGUGGUCGGCUUGAGAAGGUCACUGUUACGGGUAGCAAAAUAACAAAUGGUGAACAUUCCUAGCAGAUUGUGCUUAUGGCUUGAAAACAGGCAUUGCGUAUCAUCGACAUGCGCCUGUGUAUUGCUGGCUGUGCGAAGAAGGUGCAAAAAUGCAAAAGGACGCCUGCACACUCAAAUCAACUGCCUUGUACAAGCGUCACUCUGUGUACAUCGUAUGCGCAGUCGGGCGUUGUGGAGUGCGAAGUCCUACAAUUAGGAACAUGUAUGGUUUCAAUGCAAAGUGGCGAGCGUAUAAUGCACAUACUAUGUAACAUUACGGACACUGUGUCGCUGUUUCGUUACUCUGCAUUCUCAAGUGUUGUGUUGUCACAGAGCGGGGUCGUCUGUAGCGACAGCUGUAAUAAGAAAACCUAAAGGAAGACGCAUUGGUGUGACCUAAAUGAGAAAAUCUUGCCCUGCCUCUGUGUGAAGCAUGCGGCGCGAGUGAAAGAGAACAUUACCAGCAUGCCGUAAGAUCGCCGAACCUUUGGACCACUGUGGACACUGGCAUGAUGUGUGUUAUGAUGUGACGUUCCAGAAAUGUGGUAUCUCAGCCUGUACUUCCUUGUCUAUUAGCGCGAGUGACUGUGUUUUCGCUAACAUAUUUUGAUAUUUCGGGAUUUUUUUUUUUGUGUAGCCUCACUGUUAAGUUUAGCUAUUGCAUCCUCUCUGCCACUUCAAAAUAUUUGGGCAGAUUAACAAAACUAUUUUUCAGUGUCAAUAGUUUUGCAUCGUGAGACAUUUCACCCUUGUCGCUAUCGUGAGUUGCGGGACCGAACGGAGGCCAACGCAGAAGCGUUACUACAAAAAACACGUUUGGUAAGUGUAAAUUGCGUGAAAUACUUUGGUUAUGAGCAUUUUAACAGUUUCGUGGAGAAACUUCGGCAACAAAUACUCAUAUAUGUGAGGCAUUACAUGAGAAAUAUGGGUUUGUUUGUGAUUUUGAAGAAGCUAUUUUAUAUAAUUGCGACUUGUUUAUUAGUGAAAGUUUUACUUGAAUAAUAAAUGUUUGUUUCAUUUUUCACUUACGAGCAACGUCGUUAACUUGUCAGGUACUGAUUAGCAUUUGCUUAGAAGGUGGUUAAAACAGCGGCAUGUAAUCAUCACAAAUUUUUGGAAUUGUGAAAUGUACAUGUGUAUGUACACAUUCAUGACGAGAGAAAUUGGGACAUAAUUUGCUUGGAUGCGAUUAUAUAAAGCGCCUAAUGUAAAUGUUGCAGGGCACCGACUUCUGCAAAUUAAAAUAUAUUUCGGGCAGAUAAUACAAGUUACUUCGUUGCUGGGUGUCAGACAUUCUUCAAUAAAGCAUCGGGGUUGUACAAAUGCGCUUUUGACUUAACAACACAGUAAAUUUAGUUAUCCCUUAGGAUGUUAAUUUUGAAGCUGGAUACUGAGUCUGCAUACCAAACACAGCAACUAAGGGGUGGGAAAGGACGGAUGAGAUACAGGUACUGUAUCAGGCUUGUGUGUCUAAUGUUUUUAUUUGCCUCGAUAAGAAAACAAUUAUUGCUUUAAAUUCGUACUGUCAAGACCGUUCAAUGCCACUAUAAUAGCUACUUCUUAUGACGGUAAGCGUAUUCAUUCCUCGUGCUGAAAAAUGCCCAUGCGAAGGUUGCUUGAAUUAUACUUGAUGAACAUGAAAU